AUGGGCGACAAUGAAAUCGCACCUUCCUUGAAUGAACUGGAGUACAUGCUGUCAACGGAGGUUGAUUUGCUUGAGGACGUUGAGGAUAAUGCCCAUCUCUGGUUGCUGCAUUCCAUGUUAAUGAGGCUAGCACCCCUUCUAAUGGAAGUCGAGAGAAAGCAAAGCAAAGAGUUCAUGAAGGAAAGAAAAGAAGCCAUGGAUGAAGUCAUAACCCUAGCCCAUGAUGCUGAAGAUGUUGCUGAUUCGUAUUUGGACGCUAUAAAAAGAAAAGAUUCGCGGACGAAAGAAGCUCGAAUGGUUGGAAGCCAAAUUAAGAGGUUGGUGGAAAGACUCAAGAGACUACAUGCGAGGAUCGUUGAAUCCUGUACUACUUGUGCGGCCACUUCCUCAUCAAAGAGGCCAUUGACAACAACGACAGAGGAUGGAGAGGAUGAUGAGGAUGAUGUGGUAGUAGGCCUGGAAGAUGAGGUAAAGAGGAUGAUGGAUCUGCUGCUGCUCAAAGAUUUUGAUGAGGAGGAUGCUCGGCGUGUCAUCGUCAUUCCCGUGGUUGGGGCUGGAGGUAUGGGGAAGACAACUCUUGCUCGAAAAGUUUAUAAUGAUCGAAACAUUAAGGAACACUUUCCUUGUCGUUUAUGGAUUCACGUAUCUAGCGACUACAAGAUGGAAGAGUUGUUGCAGGACAUCAUAAAGCAGAUCCUCAUCAAUGAUGACGAGGAGGAGAGAAAGAAGAUGAGCCUUAAAGAUUUGGCCAUUGAAAUCUACAAGCUCCUGAAGACUACUCCGACCAGGUACCUUGUUGUUUUUGAUGAUGUUUGCACAAUCCAAUUCUGGGCUGACAUUCAUAUGCUCUUCCCCAACAACAAAAACAAAGAAGGUGAAGGUGGUGGUGGUGGUUGGAAGUAG